AUGUCAGCACCAGCACCACCGUCAACACCACCGCCUACGAAUGGCCCGUCCGCGCCGCAGCUCCAGUUGACUCCGGAACAGGUGAAGCAAAUGGAAACGAAUCGCCUCAAAGCCAAGGCGAAACAAAUCGAAGCAGAACGCCGCGCCGCACUCGCGAAUCCCAACUCCUCCACUAACCCUUCAGCAACAGGAGAUGGAUUGACGAAGAGGAAGGGAGGAGCGUUGGAUGAUAUUCAGCCGGCGAAGAGGUUCGCGAGUGGGUAUAUCGAAUACGAUUUCUCCAAGAUGAAGGAUACGAAGGCUGGGUUCAUGGUUGAUGAGUCGGAGAUGCCGGGGGCGGGUGGACAGACGUUACAGGAACGACUCCUCGAACAACAACGACGGAAGACCAUGCACGCACCCGCUCCACCCAUCGAUCCCCGCUCAGCCCCGAAAUGCGAAGCAUGCGGGAAAAGCACCGACCUCGACCCACAAUUCGAGGAGGUAUUCGGCGUGAGAGUCUGCUACAUCUGCAAAGAAGCCGUCCCGGAAAAAUACUCCCUUCUCACCAAAACUGAAUGCAAAGAGGACUACCUCCUAACCGACCCCGAACUCAGCGACACCUCCCUCCUCCCCCACCUCCUCCGCCCAAACCCCCACAAACCAAUGUGGUCCUCAAUGCAACUCUACCUCCGCUCCCAAAUCGAGGCGUUCGCGAACACCAAGUGGGGAAGUCUGGAGAAAUUGGAUGAGGAGUUUCAGAGGAGGGUGGAGAGGAAGAAGGAGGCGAAGGAUAAGAAGUUUGAGGGGAAGUUGAGGGAGUUGAGGAGGAAGACGAGGGUUGAGACGUGGAAGAGGAAGGGGGGUGGGUUGGGCGGUGGAGGAGGGAAGGGGGGCAGGCAUGAGCAUGAGUGGGGCCAGGAGGCGGAGAAGGAUGGCGUUGUUACGAGGAGGUGUGUGGAGUGUGGGAUGGAGACUGAGGAGAUUGUGUUUUGA